AUGACUUCAUCUGAGUUUUAUAAUAAUUUGAUAAUAUCAUCUAUAUUUCCUUUUAAAACUAACAAACAACCAACUAAAUCAAAAACUUUACGUCAUACGUUUCUCGAUGGUCUCGCUUUAUUACUUAAUGGUUCAAAUAAAUGUACAUCAGUUUAUCCAUUGUUGAAAGAAAAAAAAAUAUUAAUAACAUGUAAUGAAUCAUUAAAAAACGAUGAUAAAAUUUAUUUUGAUGAAUUUUUUGGUUUAAUAAGAGAAUAUUCACAAUAUUGUUUAACAUCAAAUCGACAUGAUAUGAAAAAAAUAUAUUUAUUAUUAGAAUCUAUUAUAUUUGAAUAUAACAAGAAUAAAAGUAUUAAACGUAUAACUGAUGAUUUAUUUAAUGAUGUUGUUUCAAAUCUUAAAAAAUUAUCAAAUGCUAAUGUUGAUGAUUUAUGUCAAAAAAUUACUUAUGGCAAAUUAAAAAAAGGUUCACCCGAAUAUUAUUAUUUAAAACAGAAAAAUAUUCUUUUAAAAGAAUUUAUUUUAAAAUUAUAUAAUUGGAUCGAUUAUAUUAUUUCAAAUCGACAUGCAAUCAAAAACAAUAAAAACAAUGUUGAACUAGAAAUUAUUUUGAAAUUUCAAGUAAUUGGUGAAUUAUUAUAUAAUUCUGAAAUAUUUCGUUCUAUACUAUCAAAAGUAUAUUCAAUUGAAUAUCAAGAUAGAUUUAUUGAAAAUAAAUUUGUUGAAUAUGAUUCAAGUUUAAAAUUAUCAACAUGUUUACAUAGUGAAAUUCGAAUGAUAGAUUAUUUAAUUGAACAAAAUAUAAAAGAAGUUUAUGAUAAUGAUGUAGAAAUUGGAAUAUCAAAAUUACCAUGUUAUUUAUGUUCAUUAUAUAUUGCAAAAUUAAAUGGUGAUUUAAAUCGAACGUUUUAUAUUGGUUCUUUAAGAACUAAUGAAAAAAUUUAUCCAAAUUGGAUGUUUAGAAAUAAUGAAAAAGAUAAAAUAAUCGAUGAUAUUCAUAAUCAAUUAUAUACAUUUAUCAAAAAUGAAGUACAACUAUUGCAAUUAAGAAUAAGAAAUAAAAGUGGAGAUAGUGAUAUGCAAGACACAGAAAUAGGUGAUGACGAUGAUGAUAAUUUUUUCGUCCAUGUAAACAUGAAUGACAAAGAAAAUCCAUAA